AUGAAGAACAAGGAGGGCUGGGACGGAAAAAUGAGGAUGGAGCCAAAGGCCGUUAUUACAAACCCGGAGGCACUUGAAGAUUCAGAUUACUCGGAUCCGGAUGCACCCCCGGUCGAUGAGAUUGAGGCUGAUGAAGACCUAUUGGCAGAUGAAGAUGUUAACGCAGAGAGACUAUGCAUGCGCCAGAAUCAAAUAUCACGCAUCAACUUCCCUCCAAAUGUCGCCGCCACUCUCACCGAACUCGACCUCUACGAUAACCUCAUUUCCCACAUCAAGGGCCUGGAGGACUUCCACAACUUGACGAGCUUGGAUCUGAGCUUCAACAAGAUCAAGCAUAUCAAGAAUAUCUCGCAUCUGAAGAAGUUGACCGAGAUUUUCUUUGUGCAGAACAAAAUCUCCCGUAUCGAGGGCUUGGAGGAAUUGACCGGAAUCAAGAACUUGGAGUUGGGAGCGAAUAAGAUUCGGGAAAUCGAAAACUUGGAAACACUGACGGCGCUGGAAGAACUCUGGCUUGGGAAAAACAAGAUCACUGAAAUGAAGAACUUGGAUAGCCUCUCAAACCUCCGCAUCAUCUCCAUUCAAUCCAACCGCCUCACCAAAAUCACGGGUCUCUCCGCGCUCCCCAAGCUUGAGGAGCUCUACCUCUCUCACAAUGCAGUAACAGACCUUUCAGGACUGGAAUCCAACGAGACACUGCGCGUGCUCGACUUUUCCAACAACCAGGUCUCCCAUCUUGAACAUCUUUCUUCACUAAAGAACCUUGAGGAGCUGUGGGGGUCGAAUAACCAGCUUGCUAGCUUUGAGGAAGUUGAGCGCGAGCUCAAGGAUAAGGAAAAGCUGCAGACCGUUUACUUCGAGGGUAACCCGUUGCAGUUGAAUGGGCCGGCUGUUUACCGGAAUAAGGUGCGCUUGGCGUUGCCGAAUAUCCAGCAGAUUGAUGCUACGUUUGUCCGAGUUUAA